AUGGAAAGAACCCUUAAAAAAAUAAGAAACAAUUAAUAAGAAAAUGAAAAUAAGCAACAACUAAAGUCAAUAUUCAAUGAAAAAAACCCCACUAUACUAGAUCAAUAAGCUAAAUAAAUAAAUUUAAAUUUGGCAAGCAAACAAUAUGUUUUUGAUUAAUUUUUAGAUACUCCAAAAUUUUUAAAUUAACAAAGAUAAAAAAAUAAAAGUUUUAUUAGCUCAAAUUAAUAAAAAAUAGUAUCUAAUUUAGAAAAAAUAUACAAAUAUUAAACAUCAAAUUAAAAUAGCAAUAAAAAUAACAUUAGUAUAAAAAUUAAAACUAAUCAUAAUAAUAACAUUGAGGAUUAAACAGAAGGAGGUAUUUUUUCUUAAAAUUUAAUUUAUUUAAAAGAAACCUCGCCUAAUUUAUUAAAAAUAAAUACUACGAGCGCAUAAAAUACUUAAUAAAAGCUAUAAUAAAGGUAGAUAUAAUAAAAAAGUAAAUAAUAAGUGUUUGAAAAAUAAAUAAAUGAUUUUUAAAGUAGCAAUAUACUUUUAAAAGAAAAGACAAAAAAAAAGUAUGAUUUAUUUUUUAAGUAGUAAAAAAAGAAUUUAACUUCAUUUGAGAAACCUUUAAUGCCUUUAGAAACUAUGAAAAUGACAUCGAAUAUAAUAUCUUCUGAUAUACUUAUAAGAUAAAAUAAAUAUUUAAGUGCUGCAUUACUUCUUACUGAUACAAUGGAAAAUACAUAAUUUUUUUUAUCACAUACUAUUUACAUGAUUUAUAGUAGAUUAAAAUAAAUAUUUGAGCAUUAUCAUAUUUAUUCGGAGUAACUAGAUUAGAUGCUUUAAUCUCUAAACAAAAAAAUCAAUCUUUAAGUAAUAGUUAUCUUUAAUUUAUCUAAGAAUCACAAUAAUUGGAUGCAUACUUUUUUCAUUGUUGGUCAGCUCUUAGAAAAAGUUUUAAAUUAAUAAUAAGAUAGGUUUGGAUGA